UAGCCCACACCGCCAUUACCACAACCUCAAAUACAUUCUCAACACACGCUUCUUCCAAUGUCUUCAUUCUCUGUUCGUUUUCUGGCCCCUCCAAGCUGCUUCAACUCUCGGCCCAAGACAUGGCUCUGUGCCACGCCAACGGUGGUUCCGGUUGCCUCGGAGGUGGAGGCGUCGAGGUUGGAGCCUAGAGUGGAGGAAAGAGAUGGGUUUUGGGUGCUGAAGGAGGAGCACAGGGGAGGCAUCAACCCUCAGGAGAAGGUGAAGAUCGAGAAAGACCCCAUGAAGCUUUUCAUGGAGGGUGGGAUUGAGGAGUUGGCUAAGAUGUCCCUUGAGGAAAUUGAGAGCUCCAAGCACACCAAGGAUGAUAUUGAUGUCAGGCUCAAGUGGCUUGGCCUUUUUCAUAGGAGAAAGCAUCAUUAUGGUAGAUUUAUGAUGAGGCUGAAACUUCCAAAUGGGGUGACAACAAGUGCCCAAACACGGUACUUGGCGAGUGUGAUAAGGAAGUACGGGAAAGAUGGGUGUGCUGAUGUAACAACGAGGCAGAAUUGGCAAAUUCGUGGUGUGGUGCUACCUGAUGUGCCAGAAAUUCUCAAGGGCCUCGAAGAGUUUGGCUUGACGAGUCUGCAAAGUGGCAUGGACAAUGUGAGAAACCCUGUGGGUAACCCUCUUGCAGGCAUUGACCCUGAUGAGAUUGUUGAUACCCGACCUUACUCCAACUUGUUAUCUCAAUUCAUCACUGCCAAUUCACGUGGCAACCCAGCCAUGUCAAACUUGCCUAGGAAGUGGAAUGUGUGCGUGGUGGGAUCCCAUGAUCUGUUUGAGCAUCCUCACAUUAAUGAUCUGGCUUACAUGCCUGCUAAUAAAGAUGGUCGUUUUGGGUUUAACUUGCUGGUUGGUGGUUUCUUUAGUGCCAAGCGAUGUGCUGAAGCAAUUCCACUUGAUGCUUGGGUCUCCGCAGAUGAUGUUAUCCCACUUUGUAAAGCUGUCCUUGAGGCCUAUAGGGACCUUGGCUUCAGAGGGAACAGACAGAAAACGAGAAUGAUGUGGUUGAUUGAUGAACUGGGGAUAGAAGUAUUCAGGUCAGAGGUGGAAAAAAGAAUGCCAGGGAAGCAUCUAGAGAGAGCCUCCCAGGAAGAUCUGGUUAAGAAAACAUGGGAAAGAAGGGACUACUUAGGUGUUCAUCCACAGAAACAGGAGGGCUUAAGCUAUGUAGGGAUUCACAUUCCAGUUGGUAGAGUCCAAGCAGAUGAGAUGGAUGAGCUGGCCCGUUUGGCAGAUGAGUAUGGCAGUGGUGAACUCAGGCUCACAGUGGAGCAAAACAUAGUGAUUCCCAAUGUGGAAAACUCAAAACUUGAGACCCUUCUCAAGGAGCCUCUCUUGAAGAGGUUUUCCCCUGAACCUUCCCUUCUGAUGAAAACACUUGUGGCAUGCACUGGCAACCAGUUUUGUGGACAAGCCAUAAUUGAGACAAAAGCAAGGGCAUUGAAAGUGACUGAGGAAGUGGAGAGGCAAGUGGCAGUGACUAGGCCUGUGAGGAUGCAUUGGACUGGCUGCCCCAACACUUGUGGGCAGGUGCAAGUUGCUGAUAUUGGCUUCAUGGGGUGCAUGACUAGGGAUGAGAAUGGUAAGGCCACUGAAGGUGUGGAUAUUUUCCUUGGAGGGAGAAUCGGAAGUGAUUCACAUUUAGCUGAAGUGUAUAAGAAGGGUGUGCCUUGCAAGGACUUGGUGCCCAUUGUGGUAGACUUAUUAGUAAAGAAUUUUGGAGCUGUCCAAAGGAAUAGAGAAGAAGGAGAAGAUUGAGUUUUAAUAUAAGGGUGUUUGUGCCUUGCAAGGACUUGGUUCCCUGUGAACUAAAGUAUUUGGUGUUCUCUACAUAGAAGAUAAAGGGGUGGUUAUGAUUCAUGAGAGAUGCAGUAGUGCAAGGAUGUUCCUGGCAUUAUAUGAUAUGCACGUACACUUUAGGAUAAGACAUGCUCAUUCUUUCUCUAAGUUACACUUUUUCUCUUCAAAGAUGUAUGCUAUAGUUCUUAUUUUCUUAUGACAUAUGCUCAAGCGGAAUAAGAAGUGGAAAGCUUUUAUUCUUAACAAAUCAAAAGUGAUUUCUUUUGAUGA